UUGACGACGUCUCAAAAUGGCCGCCGGAUCGCGCGAGCCGGUCGGCAAAGAAGAUGUGGAGUGGAUUGUUACCUCCUGGGAUGAAUGAAAGUGAUAUUGAGUUGAGUUCUGAGGAUGAGACUACAUUGGAAAUCUCAAAACUUAGUUCAAAGGAAGAUAAGGGAGAUGGUGUGACUGAAGAAGUUGGGUUCUCUGUUUUACAUACUGGUGGGCCUAAAAAUGAGGCAGAGACAAAUGCAAAAAAUGCUGAAGAAGAGUGUCCAUCUGGCAUUCCCCGAAAUAUGUGGAAUAAGUUUCAAGAGUUACAUAAAAAGCAUUCUGAACUGAAAACCUUAACUAUUUCUACAAGCAAGGGGAGUAAAAGAAAACGUUCCAGAAAAGGUAAAUUGAAGAAUCAAGAAGAGUCUGACAGUCGACAGUCUUCAAAUGAAGCCCACUGGAAGGAACUUACUCAGUAUUUUGGAAUAAAUGAUAAGUUUGAACCCCUCAUAAGUAAUAGAGCUCUUCUGAAGUCAGGACUUGAAGUGAGUAUCGACAAAUCUGUGGCUGAAGGAGAUAUCGAAAAGGCAGAAGAACUCAGUAAUAGGUUAGCUACUCGAGAGCUUGGGGUAAAAAUUGCCAAAGCUGUUGCUUGCCGCAACUUUGUAAAAGCUAAAAAAGAUGCUGAAACUUCACAAGAGGCUCAAAAAAAGAAGAAACUUGCAUGGGGGUUUGAAGCAAAGAAGAGAUGGGAAACCAAAAGCAACAUGGGAUAUAUGUAACUAGGCCUUCAUCCUUCAAAAGUUAACACCCUUGGUAUCUUACUGCUCAAAGGGAGCCAGCUAAAUUUGAUACCAGUUAGGGAAAGUAAACAUCAGAUUAGUGGGUCAGUUCUCUCUAUUUUUUCAACCUUUUAAAAAAAAUGUAUUAUUUUGUUUAAAAAUUAGUUUUUCUUAAUAUGAAAAUAUAGUUAAGAAAAAAUAUAAGGAAAAUAAUGUGUACAUGCAUCAGUGCUUAAAGUAUUAAAGAAAUCAUUGAUAUGGAUGUACUCGCUAUUGGUUCACAUUGAAACCCCUCUUUCUGCCACAGAAAACAGUAUUUUUUAAAUUGCCAUGACCAAAGUAAUUUUGUCUUCUGGUGGCUUCCAUCUAGUAAUGGCCUUUACUUAACAAGCUUGGUUAGUCUGGUGAUCAGAACAUACAUACUCUGUAAGCAAGCCUUGCCCAAACUCACUGUAAUAGCCUUGCAGGACUCAGGAUCACUUGCACUGAUAAGGCAUCAGUUGAACUUUAUUGGAGUAGUAUAUUUAUAUACAGCGUAUUUGCUGUAUGUAAAUUUAUAUAUUGUAUACAUUUGCUUUUCCACCAUUUGAUGAAUAUUUAGCAAUUGAGAUCUAUGUAACUUAAGCAUUUAUGAAAUAUUUAUGAUCACAAACUCCUCAUAAAUUUUCUUUUUUAAAUAAUUAUAUUUAUUUGUUAGUAAGUAGGUUAUAAGUAUGCCUAAGCAUAUAACCAGACCAGCCAAGAAACAUCCUAUUCUAAUACAAGUGAUAUUUUAUUGUAGAAAAUUGGGUUUUGUUUUGUUUUUCCUAUGGCUGCCUGUUUUUUCAGUGAGUAUUUUAAGUAGCUUUGAGGAUGAAAAAUGUCAUACAGUUUGCUUUGGUUUAAAUUCUGCCUGAGAAUAGGCAUAGACUACUCAUGUCUCAUUGUCUCUUUUAUCCCAGUGAUUCUUUGAAUUUUAAUGUUCUCCUUAGAUGGCAUGUCAGUCAUGAAGUUUGGAUAUUGGUAAAUAAGUAAUCAUUUUGAUAUUAUUUGGAAAAUAAUGUUUUAAAUUCUUUAAA